AUGGCCUCUGUGCGGGGAGCGCGGCUGGAGCCGGCGCGGCGGCAGGGCCGGGCCCUGGGAGCACGGCAGCUGACGGCCUGGAGCUCGUGGGAAGGGUACCGAUCCUCAGGGGGAACGAUUGGGGUUUGGCUGAACGCUUAUGGCAUUAAGACGGGUGAGGCCAAUGCGAGGCUUGUCUGCCCCCCGCUACGGAAGCAAGAAAAGAAGCGGGCCUUUGUCGGGGGUGCAGAGGCUGUUGCCGGGGGUGCUGGCCUCUAUAUUGGAAGGGCAGCAGCGAGGCCGUCGCGCGGUGGGGCGGGUGGGUCGUUGCUGGGGGCUGCGGGUGCAGGCCUGGGCCCUGGCACCUAUGCUGUACUGCAAGUCAGCUGGAAGUUGUUCUGUCCGUCCCUUUCUGCUGCUGCUCUGUACCCGUUCGUUCCCGCGUUGGUUGCGUUAAUAAGAUCCCGCGUUAAUAAGAUCCUGCAUGCAUUUCAACUGGGCGACUGGCCAUACUUACUGACAAGUCCAGCUGCCAAGUUGGCUGGAUCACGUGGUGCUAGCGACGUGGGGCUAAGGGCUUGGCGAGAGUCGAAGAGAGAUGAUGCUGGCGGACCUUCACAGGAAGUCCAUCGAGCACGCCGCAACAACUCGGCUGUUUGCUUCUAUGAGGACCCAGCGGACAAGAAGCUCAAGCUACACAUCCUGUGGGACGAGCUCAAGUCGCAGAAGCUCGCCGACUGCCAGUGGCUGGGAGGGCCCAAGGGCAAGGGCUAUGCUGAGUUGACCAAUGCAUUCGGCGACACAACAUAUGGCGACCUGGAGGCGCGGCCCCUACAAUACUACAGCAGCACGGUGGUCCCCUUUCGCCGUGUGCCAUGUGCAGCUGAGCCUCGACCGGGCACAGCGGGAUGGCAAGAUGGCCGGGAGCUGGAUCUUCCAGGACUAUCGCUCCAUAGAAGACGUCCUCACCUGACUUCAAACUGCAGAGCUGCAGGAGCCGCCCAUCACAGGCAGCGUGUCGGAGUUGUCGGAGGUCAUGAGCAUGAGCAGUGCUCCCGCUGCAGUGUAGGCAUUGUCGUAGGAGCUUGCCAUUCUCUUGCUGCAGUCGCAGCCGAGCUGGGUGGCAAACCCUCCGUGCAGCACAGCCUCAUGAUGCAGUUGGUGCAGGAGGUGACAGACAGGGUGGCAGGUGGGGUGAAGCGACAGGCAGAGACCGUGCAGGAGCAGCGCCAGCAGCAGGCCACGCGCGCAAUUGAAGCACAAGUGCCACCACCACGCCGGCGCCACCAAAGAAGCCUGCGGGGGGUAAGCGCGGCGGCAACAGCAGGAAGGGCAAGCGAGAGCAGCGAUCCCUCCCUUUGGCAGCCGUGUGAAACCGUGUGCGCUCUGAUGCAAUCGCCACCAGCCUGGGUGGUGGCGGCAACUAUCCGGCACAUCAUUGAGGCAGCGCUUAAGAUAGGCAAAAUCUCUGAGAAGGCUGUUGAUGGUGACAUCACCGCCGCCGCCACCGCGGCCAUCGAUUACAACCUUCCAGACCGCAGCCCCGUGCUUAUCUCAACCCACUGCCGCGACUUCAGUCGCCGCCGUCACUGCCCCAUCCCCUACAGCUGUCACAUCCCCUACAGCCAUCAAAGCAAACCACGGGAAUCUGACCAGCAUAGUGACAGCAGCGAUACCGUUAGAUGCUCCGUAUGGCGAGCAAAGAACGGAGAGGCGAAGGCGGCGCAGCAUGGAUGGGGUGCAAUGGCGCGAUGGCCUUCCCGUCGUACCUGCCUCCCUCCCCAAGCGGCAGAGGCAGCGGCAUCGGCAGCGGUGACGGCAGCAGCCUCAUGGCGGAUCCGGCGGGCAUAUUACAACUUGACCACGUUAAUGCAACCCAAGAGGAGAACCAAAGCGCCGCCACCACCGGGCUUCGCCGCUAUCGCGGCGGCGGCGGCAGCAGCGACAACAGGACGGCCAACAUACACGCUAUCGCAGCUACAGCUACCGCUACCGCUGCAUCUACAGGAAACGCAACAACUGAGGUUGCUGGGUCCCUUGCUAUCCAAGGAACAGCCAAGGAACAGCCUGGUGCCCAUGUACGGUGAUGGGGCCAGCCGGGCAGCUCCAGCACCCACAUCAUGGCCUGGCGGAGAGUCGCAGGAGCAGAGUACUAGUGUUGUCGUGGACAUUAUUGACGGGGGAGUGGAUGCCAUAUAUUACAUAUGUAGAUGUAUAUCUGUAUACACACAACAGUUAGAAGUUGCGGCAGCCUCAGAGAGCGCAGCAGUGCAGUGCACCGAUGGGUCCAAGGUUACUCAGGUCAGCAACAACGGUGGUGGGGCCGCAAGACGCUCAAAAUCUCACUCGGCGCCGGGUUUGCGCGCGGCAGGGACGACGGCAGUAGACAGCGCCAAGGAACUGGGUCUGAACACCAGUACUAUCCCUCGCUCGUUCAGCUUGUUGCCCGGCCUGUUGCGGGAGCGUCCAGGGAGACCUCUAGUAUUAGUUGAUGCAACAAUGCCGCUGCAGCCACCAAAAAGCGCUAUCCGGUUCCGCUGGAUGCUGGUGGUGGUGAUGGUGGUGGUAGUGGUGGUGGUGGUGGUAGGUGCUGAACCCGAAAAGGUCGCUAACUUAGCUUCACAGAAGUCGGCACACCCAAGGGUCAUGAGACGGAUGCAUGAGGGUGGCACUGCCGGGCUCGUGGCCCUCGCCAUCCACCCAGGCCAGGGGGGAUCUGCCCACUGGCAUGAACAAAUCGUACAUGCAUGCGGCGGUGGCCGCGGCGGCGGCAGUGGCGGAAUGUGCUAG